GUUACCAUAGACGAACUGCUUCAUACCGAUCGGUAGCUCUGGUUAAGAUACGGAACGCCGCCUAAUUAACGAACAGACCAAAACAAAAUCAGAUGUCAACAUAAACAGGAAUUUUCCUUUUAAAUAAAGUCGAAGGCAGAAUCUGAAAAUUAAACAAUUCUACUCUAAGGUGAAACUUAAACCAUGGCAAACACUGGUGGGAGCGUCAAGGAAAUUUGUGAUAAUGUUGCAAUAGCAAGAGAAUUAACUGUGUUAGGAAACUAUGAAAAUGCUAUUAUUUACUACCAAGGAUCACUGCAACUUAUGUCAAAAUUUAUAUCCCAAAUACCAGAUCCUAUAAGAAAAGAUAAAUGGCAGCAAAUGCAAAAGAAAGUGAGCAAAGAAUACGGCGAGUUGAAUGAUUUAAAAGGUAUAUUAGACACAUUUAAAUUAGAAUGCAGUGGCGAUGUACCUAUAGGAGCUAGAAAACGAGAUUUACCACCUGAUUUGAGUAGUUUAGAUAUCUCAGAUGAUCCAGAUGUUUGGCCAGCUCCUACCCCUGUUGAUCAUGGAAAUUUGACAAAAUCAAAAUCUAACAAACCAACUAAUACAAAAAAAUCGGAUUUAAAAAAAGGCCAAACCAGUGCCAGAGCAAGUUCAUCUACUGCAAGUAGAAAAUCGGAAGGACCAAAAAGCAUUGGCAGAAAUAAUAGAAGAGAAGAUAGACCUUCUAGCUCAAAAUCAGAAAGAAAUGCAGAAGGUAUUACCGAUUCAUCAGAUUUAACCAUGAAAUCUGAAGUUAAAGAAGAAUCCCCAGAAGAAAAGAAAUUUGAAUGUAACGGUAUGGAAAGAGAAUUAGCUGAUGUUUUAGAAAGAGACAUAGUGCAAAAAAAUCCAAAUAUAAGAUGGGAUGAUAUUGCAGAUUUACAUGAAGCCAAAAGAUUACUGGAAGAAGCUGUAGUUUUACCUAUGUGGAUGCCUGAAUUUUUUACUGGUAUUCGAAGGCCUUGGAAAGGUGUGUUGAUGGUUGGACCUCCAGGCACUGGUAAAACUAUGCUAGCAAAAGCUGUGGCCACAGAAUGUGGAACAACCUUUUUUAAUGUUUCUUCUUCAACUCUGACAUCUAAAUAUAGAGGUGAAUCUGAAAAGAUGGUUAGGCUACUUUUUGAGAUGGCUCAUUUUUACGCUCCUAGUACUAUCUUUAUAGACGAAAUCGAUUCGCUAUGUUCCAGAAGAGGUUCAGAAUCAGAACAUGAAGCAUCCAGAAGAGUUAAAUCUGAACUGCUCGUACAAAUGGAUGGGAUUACAGCAAACACUGGUGAACCAGGCAAAAUUGUUAUGGUUCUCGCAGCCACAAAUUUUCCAUGGGAUAUUGAUGAAGCUCUGAGGCGAAGAUUAGAAAAAAGAAUUUACAUACCAUUGCCGACUCUGCAAGGUAGAGAGGCGCUAUUAAAAAUUAACUUGAGAGAAGUUAAACUAGAUCCUGAUGUGAAUCUUGCAAGAAUUGCCCGUAAAUUAGAUGGAUAUUCAGGAGCUGAUGUCACCAAUGUUUGUCGUGACGCUUCGAUGAUGUCAAUGAGACGAAAAAUCUGUGGAUUGAAACCUGAUCAAAUCAAGCAGCUACCAAGAGAAGAAUUAGAUCUGCCUGUAACUACAAAGGAUUUUGAAGAAGCUAUUGCAAAAAAUAAUAAGAGUGUCUCAAAAGAAGAUUUAGACAAAUAUGAAAAAUGGAUGAAUGAAUUUGGGUCCUCUUGAUAGUAUUGCCAAUUAUUAAUAAUUAAUGUAGGCAUUUAAAGUUUUGUGUCUUUUCCACUAAGUAUAUAGUCUAUUUGUAAUUAUUUCAUAGAUUUUAAUAGAUAUUUAUUAAUAUACUCCUGGACAAAAUUGUCGCACCACUGCACAUAAGCAUCACCAUAAGCAGUGGUGCGAUAAUUUUGUCGAGGAGUAUAUUUUAACUAUUUACUUUUCAUUUAUUGAUGGUAUAUACUACUUAUCAUAAUCAUUAGUGUUUUAAUGUGAUAAUAUAUUAAUUUUAUAAUCAUUUAUAACUUACUUAAAAUUAAUAAUAAUAUUUAAUUUGACACAGGUAACCGCUUGUAUUUAAGAUUUUGUACAAUGUUUCCAGUAUUUGUUAUGCUAUAUAAUGUUAUUUUAUGAAUAUAUAAGUGAUAAGAAAAAAGCGGACAACAUGCAAUGUGCAAAUAUGUAUAGGUAUGCAUUUUCUGCAUAUUUAAUUCAACUUCAUCAGAACAGUACCUGUACCUUUUGCAAAUUGCUCUCGCGAAGACCUUUGAAAGUAACGAAGAAACUGGCCGAUAAUUUGUUGAGACAUUAUGGGAAUCUCCAUUUUUAUGUAUUGAAACAAUCUUACUUUGCCUCAAUUUCAACGGAAAUUCCCCUGUGAAUAUUACAAUAAUAUUUGCACCAACAUAUUUUUUUAUCGAAAAAAUGAAAUGAAACUAAUUCGCAACUUUUUUGAUUAUUAAAUUUAGAAUGGGUCAUUUCGGGAAAGAAUUUAAAAAAAUUUAAAGGAGUUUUACCAACAAAUGUUUUUUAAUACAUAUUUAUAUUUCUGUUAUUUUACAUAUGUAAUACCUACGAAAUAAAUAUACUUAAAAAAAGUCUAAUAUGUAGUUUUUUAUUGGCUAUAGAACAACGUUUGAAAGCGAUUCUUCACAAACUCUUUAUAUCUAUUGAAACAUAGUAAGAAGGAAGAUAAAUAAUUACAGACAAAAAAUUUGAAGAUGUAACAAAAGGUACCAUACACCAGUACUCUAGGCAUAUUACUGCAAAAAAAAGUCAAAUAUGUUUAGAAAAUAUACCUAUUUCAAUAAUAUUCACAUACAAAGUUGGAAGCCGAAGAAACGACUAUCAAGAGUCCAUUCACUUGAACCUCUAGCAAAGAAAGAUGUAAAGAAAAAACGCAUGUGAGAACGAAUUUUGUUCAGACAAAUUUAGGCAAAUUCUAAUGCAGCAUUAAUAUUAUGAAUAUUUUGGACAAGUGAAUGGACUCCUAAAUUAUUGAUAUCGAAAACUAAAAACAGCUAUAAAAAAAUGGUAAUUACCUCAUUAUUUUCUAAAAUUUUAUGUGAAGCUAAUAAAUUAAUUAUUAUAAAUAUUAAAAUAUGUUUACGUUUUUGUGGCAACAGGUCUAUACUCCCUUUUAUCAUUAUGGAAACUUGGCACAGUUAAAGCAUGUAAAUAAGGUGUUGCACCAAAUCGAUUACCUGCUAUAUCUACUUCAUAAAUUGCAUUUUUGGCAAGAAUGUAGUCUUUGGUGACGAUUUUAUUUUUUUCACUUUUAGGUUUGGUAAUAAAUCCCAGACCUAUCAAUUUAUUUGCGGCAAAACCAUACCUAAAAAAAAAUAAAAGUCAACACUUUGUUGCAAGUUUACAGAAGGUCUGUUCCGACAAGUCAAAGACAGCCCCAUGGACGGUUUUGAAACCUCUCUGUAUACGAAUUCAGGAUUCUACGCACAAAUGUUAGAUUUUGCGCAGAAGUCUGAUGGUACAAUGUACGGUCUCCUGCUGUGUUGGAACAAAGCUUUUUGUAUCCCACUUACGAAUACAGUGAAGAAAAAAAAUUGAGUCUUAUACGAGUUAAAAAUCGAUUCCAUCCUUCAUAAUUUUUCUGUGAAAAAGGCUCAAACUUGGAGAUUUUGUUUUAGUUUCUGACGUGUUUGAUUAAUU